GCCGUUUUUUUUUUUUUAAACCCGGUCGGCCUUAAAGAUGGCGGCUGCUGUGGACGACGAGUUCGAAGAUGCACCUGAUGUAGAGCCACUGGAACCGACACUGAAAAAUAUAAUUGAGCAGAAGUCGCUAAAAUGGAUCUUCGUGGGAGGAAAAGGCGGCGUUGGGAAGACGACGUGCAGCUGCAGCUUGGCGGUGCAGUUGGCCAAGGUGCGGGAGAGUGUACUCAUCAUUUCCACAGACCCUGCCCACAACAUCUCUGAUGCCUUUGACCAGAAGUUCUCCAAGGUUCCCACUAAAGUCAAAGGCUACGAUAACCUGUUUGCUAUGGAGAUUGACCCCAGUCUCGGUGUAGCGGAACUCCCAGAUGAGUUUUUCGAGGAGGACAACAUGCUGAGCAUGGGCAAGAAGAUGAUGCAGGAAGCCAUGAGUGCUUUCCCGGGCAUUGAUGAGGCCAUGAGCUACGCAGAGGUCAUGAGGUUAGUAAAGGGAAUGAACUUCUCAGUGGUGGUGUUCGACACGGCCCCCACGGGGCACACGCUGCGUCUGCUGAACUUCCCGACCAUCGUGGAGCGGGGGCUGGGUCGCCUCAUGCGGAUCAAGAACCAAAUCAGCCCUUUUAUCUCGCAGAUGUGCAACAUGCUCGGUCUGGGGGAGAUGAAUGCCGACCAGCUGGCCUCCAAGCUGGAAGAGACUCUUCCCGUCAUCCGCUCCGUCAGCGAGCAGUUCAAGGACCCGGACCAGACCACGUUCAUAUGCGUCUGCAUUGCCGAGUUCCUCUCCCUCUAUGAGACAGAGAGGCUGAUCCAGGAGCUGGCCAAGUGCCAGAUAGACACGCACAACAUCAUCGUCAAUCAGCUGGUGUUCCCUGACGCCGAGCGACCCUGCAGGAUGUGUGAGGCGCGCCACAAGAUCCAGUCCAAGUACCUGGACCAGAUGGAGGAUUUAUAUGAAGAUUUCCACAUUAUCAAGUUGCCCCUAUUGCCCCAUGAGGUCCGUGGAGCAGAUAAGGUCAACACUUUCUCCCAGCAGCUCCUGGAGCCCUACACCCCUCCCAAAAAAUGACUUGCCACCAACACCCCAAGGUCCCCUCAAUGUGUCACCUCCCUACCGCUGUGAUGUCGAUGCCUAGAUAAGCACUAUGGCGACAUGAUGUACCUAAAUUCCUUUAGUUGCUCGCUACCCUUCGUAUUUUACCUGGAUGUUUCUCAAGAGGAAAAUAACUUUCCCCUACAACGUAGGUGACAUUUUUUAUUUUGUGGUUCUCGGGUUAAGUGUAGUUUUUCACCAGUGCUGAAUUUUCUUGGCUGGGUCACCUGUGGCUGGACCCGCUUUCAUGGGCUGUGUGUGGCGUCCGUGACUGUAACAUGUACUGACCCUAUCAGGAGGCAGAGGAGUUCUGGGAGAGUGAAGUGGGUCUGGCUGUAGCCUUUCCAUGGCUGUGCAGUCAGACUGUGAUGUUGACAUGGUUACUGAUUCUUGUGUGUUAAUACAGAACUUAGGAAAUGACGGCUUACAUCUUUAUUAUUAAAAUCCAUGAAGGUCAAAUGGGAA